AUGCCGCCAUCGGCGCCCACGCCCCACGCCCGACCAGCGCCGCUCGCCUGCCUCGAGUGCCGCCGCACCCAUCUCAAGUGCGACGGGGGCAGGCCCACGUGUGACCGCUGCAAGGCCCGCGGAUAUGCCUGCACCUACAAGCAGUCUGCCCGUGGCCGCCGGCGUGGCGCGGCGCGCUUGGUACCGUCGUGUGCCAGCUCCAGCAUCAACACCAGCCAGACCACUCUGGCUGAAGCCAGGCCCUACACGUCGUCCACUGCCACGCCACCUCUCCCCGAGGACCCGCUGCUACUGCACAGCGGGCCGCCCCCAGCCUGGGCCGAUGAUGAGCAGCUCGUCGAUCUCUACUAUGUCAAUUUCCACGCCAGCCACCCCAUCCUCGUCCCCAGGCACAUGUACUGGGACCACCACUACCCGUGCUGUCUCAAGGCCGUCGUGCACUACGUCGGCGGCUGCUUUUCCCAGACGGCCCAGCGGAACGAGCUGCGCCAAUGUGCAUUGCGCCAACUGGCCGACGCGAGCCAGCCUACUCCCUCGGGCGUGCAGGCAAAACUCCUGUACUCGAUUGCUCUUUUCGCCCAGAACGCCGUGGAUGAAGGCCAAAACAUGCUCGACGCGGCCAUCGAAGACGCCGUGGCACUCGGCAUGCACAAGCGCGACUUUGCCGCAGACCAUGCCCGAGACUCGACCAUCCUGCAAGAGAGCAUGCGAAGGACCUGGUACGAGCUCUACGUCAUUGACGGCUGCAUGGCCGCCUUGCAGCGAAAGUCGACCUUCAAGACUAGGACAAUGGAUGCAGACGUCCUUCUGCCGUGCGAAGACUUCAUCUACGAGGGGGGGAUGUGCUUUGUCCCGCCAACGCUUGCCGAAUUCCACGCCAAUGUUUUUGAAGAAGAAGAAAAGGUCUUUUCUUCCUCGUGCUAUCGUAUCGAGGCGGUUCGCCUUCUCGGGCGAGCCCUGACAAUCACGGGAACACACGGUGUACACCGAGACCACAUUCAAGCCGUGGAUAAUUCUCUGGCUGCCUUCAUCCACCACCUGCCGCGUAGCAAAAGCGAGGCAGAAAUCUCAAACACGUUUGGCGAGCUGGACGAGCUCAUGUUCCAGGCCCAUGCCAUUAUCCAGUGGAGCAUCAUUCUCUUGCACUACCCCAGAGGUGACCUAGCAAGUCCUAAUCCUCUCACACAGAUUGUGCCGGGGGCUGACUGCUCCAAAUUCCUGUGUCCUUGCAACCGCCAACACGUGCAUUCGGUCAAGGCCGUCGAAGCCUCCAGAACCAUAUCCAUGCUUGCCGCCCUGCAAGCGCCUGCACAAAAGCACAGCCCAAUCUUCAUAUAUCCACUUGCUCUCGCUACCGUCGUCCAGCUGUCUGUCGGUGCCGUCCACGGAAGAAGCCUUGAUUCGUGCAUGGAACAGCACUCGGACCGCGUCAAAUUACUACUUGGCGUAUGCAAAACACUCAGCCGCCACUGGACCGUGGCCGAAAGCGUACUGCGCACGUUGAAGAAAGUUGCAUGUGCCGUGUUUCAAGGGUCGCGCCAUUCGACUACAAGUCCGCUACCACCGGUAAGCACACUGGUUGAACGGAAUCGUUUCGAUGACAUCGAUUUCCACAAUCUGUACGACCUUAUGGGUCUUGAGAACAGCACAAUAAACACAUAG